CAGCGGCUGCGCUGCGGGAGCUCCGGCGGCCGCGAUCCUAAUGGCUGCGCGUGGGCCGCGGUGAGCGCGGGCGGAGAGCGACGGGCGUGGGGCUGCGGAGAGCGAGAGCGAGCGCGGCCGGACCCUGGCCAGGCCCCGCCCGACCGGCCGAGCCCGCGAUGCGCCCCGGGGUCGACCCCCGGCGCAGCUGACGCCGCGGCCCGCGGAGACCCCGGCCGGUCGGUCCCGGAGAGCGGCCACCCCGGCCCAGGCCGCGAUGGCGGGGAAGGCAGCCGCCCCGGGCACCGCGGUGCUGCUGGUCACGGCCAACGUGGGCUCGCUCUUCGACGACCCAGAAAACCUCCAGAAGAACUGGCUGCGGGAGUUUUAUCAGGUCGUCCACACGCACAGGCCGCACUUCCUGGCCCUGCACUGCCAGGAGUUCGGAGGGAAGAACUAUGAAGCCUCCAUGUCGCACGUGGACAAGUUUGUCAGAGAACUUCUGUCUAGUGACGCGAUGAAAGAGUACACCAGGGCGCGGGUCUACCUGGAUGAAAACUUCAAGUCCCAGGAGCACUUCACGGCACUAGGAAGCUUUUACUUUCUUCACGAAUCCUUAAAAAACAUCUCCCAGUUUGACUUUAAAGCCAAGAAGUAUAAAAACGUCACUGGUAAGGAGAUCUACUCAGACACGCUGGAGAGCACGCCCAUGCUGGAAAAGGAGAAGUUCCCGCAGGACUACUUCCCCGAGUGCAAGUGGUCGAGGAAAGGCUUCGUCCGGACGAGGUGGUGCCUUGCGGACUGUGCCUUUGACUUGGUGAACAUCCAUCUUUUCCACGAUGCUUCCAACCUGGUUGCCUGGGAGACCAGCCCUUCUGUGUACUCGGGGAUCCGGCACAGGGCCCUGGGCUACGUGCUCGACAGAAUCAUUGACCAGCGAUUCGAGAAAGCGUCCUACUUUGUCUUUGGCGAUUUCAACUUCCGGCUGGAUUCCAAGUCCGUGGUGGAGACUCUCUGCACAAAGGCCACGAUGCAGACCGUCCGGGCCGCCGACACCAACGAAGUCGUGAAGCUGAUAUUCCGAGAGUCGGACAACGACCGGAAGGUGAUGCUCCAGCUUGAGAAGAAGCUCUUUGACUACUUCAACCAGGAGGUUUUCCGGGACGACAACGGCACCGCGCUCUUAGAGUUUGACAAAGAGCUGUCUGUCUUUAAGGACAGACUGUAUGAACUGGACAUCUCGUUCCCUCCCAGCUACCCAUACAGUGAGGACUCCAGCCAGGGCAGGCAGUACAUGAACACCCGGUGCCCCGCCUGGUGUGACCGUGUCCUUAUGUCCCCGUCCGCCAAGGAGCUGAUUCUGAGGUCGGAGAGCGAGGAGAAGGUUGUCACCUACGACCACAUCGGGCCCAGUGUCUGCAUGGGAGACCACAAGCCCGUGUUCCUGGCCUUCCGCAUGGCGCCCGGGGCAGGGAAGCGGUGCCAGCGCCCCGAGGGGACCCCCGGCGAGGCCUCCCUGCGGCACGAGGAGCCGCGUCCUCCGAGAGCUGCAUCGACAGACCCGCCUGAGCGCCACCGCUAGACGGCCGGCCCCGCACGUCGCUUCAGCCCCGGACGGCGCUCCGGACAAGCCUCACAUACCUCACUGUCGUGUCUGUUUGUGUGACAUCAAGUAGAAACAUUGGGAUUUUUAAAAUAAGUCACAGUCCUGUUGCCAAAACUCUAAUAGACAGCAAAGAGAUCCUGCAUUUUAGACUUCACGGUUUUCGAUUUUUAAUCAUUGUCAGCGUGGAGGAGCUUCUCCGGCGUAGAAACCCCACAGGGCUCGGAGUCCCCUCCGUGGCGGGGCGGCCGGGGCUCUGCCGGCCGGCGGCGUGGCCCUCGCUUUCACUUCCGGAGGCCCCUUCCCUGUUAGUCACUCUACUGCCAUGUUACAUGGUUUUUGAAUCACACUGCAGCUGCUUCCCAUUUUUAUAUAUAUAAAUAUAUAUAAAUAUAUACUUUUUAAAAAUAAUUUAUAAACCUUACCAAAACUUACGCUAAAUAUACUUUCCAGUAUGAACGCUUGAGUGUCAUAUCAGCA